GAGAGAAAGGGGGUGCAGAUGUGCUGCUGCAGCGCUCCUCUCACUCAACUUUGAAGCUCACAGGAAAGAAACAGGGAUCCGUCUAUUUUAGGAUGAUAGGCUGUAUUUUUACGUAAAGAAGGAGAAGGUGCAGAGAAGCAAGUCUGGAUUUGUGCUCACUUCUGUCUCUGAUGAAGGGUUUAAAGAAAAGCAUGGAAAUUUGCUCUCAGGGGCUGAAGGGGCAUCACGAGAAAGUCCUCCUCAUCUUCGUUUGUCUCCAGCUGUGGUCCAAGCCGAUGGGUGAAGCAAUCCAUCCGGACUGCGCCAUCAUUUCUCAGCACCUGAGGGCUCGGGAGAUUUGCAGCCAGAUGAGGAGAAGCGAGGCGCAGAACCAGACCCAACUCAGCGGUGGGUUCCUGAUGCUGCUGUGUUGAGAUUCCUCUCAGGAGGAGAGAUAAACCUGAUGCUUUUAUCAAUAGAAGGAUGUAAAACUGAGUGGGAUGACAUUGGCUGUUGGCUGAGGGCUGAAGUUGGGCAGGUGGUGAACUUAUCCUGCUCUGAAGUCUUUCAGCAUUUCUCCAGUAAUCAAGGGCUUGUGUACAGAAACUGCACCAGUGACGGCUGGUCUGACAUGUAUCCACCCUAUGACGAGGCCUGUCUCUUUAGUGAUGACAGCGAGCCUGAAUCUGAGACAAGUUACCUCUAUACAUUCAGACAGGUUUACACUGUAGGGUAUGCCACCUCACUCAUCUCCCUCCUCACGGCCAUCGUGGUGUUUGCAGCCUUCAGGAGGUUCCGCUGCACCAGGAACUACAUUCAUAUCAACCUUUUCUCCUCCUUCGUCCUGAGAGCCAGCGCCGUCUUCAUCAAAGACACGGUGCUGUUUGCAGACGAAACCUUGGACCACUGCUCCGUUUCUACAGUUGCGUGUAAGUCAGCAGUGGCUUUCUUCCAGUUCAGCAUUUUGGCCAAUUACUUCUGGUUGCUGGUGGAGGGAAUGUACCUGCAGACACUCCUGGCCCUCACGUUUGUCUUGCAGAGGAAAUACUUCUGGUGGUACAUUCUGAUUGGAUGGGGACUCCCAUCAGUGGUUCUCAUCUCCUGGGGUCUGAGCAGAUAUUUCUUUGAUAACAGAGGCUGCUGGGAUGAUACAGACAAUGUUGGGAUUUGGUGGAUCAUUAAAGGACCAAUAACAGCAUCACUACUGGUCAACAUAGUCAUCUUUAUAAAUGUCAUUCGGAUUUUGGUUCAGAAACUUAAAUCUUCAGCCAUGGCUGGAAACAACGACACUGGACAUUUCAUGAGGCUGGCUAAAUCCACGCUGUUCCUCAUCCCUCUGUUCGGGAUGCACUACACUGUGUUUGCCUUCCUGCCGGAGAACACCGGAGUAGCAGCUAGACUCUACAUCGAGCUGGGUCUGGGAUCUUUUCAGGGGUUUGUGGUGGCACUCCUUUACUGUUUCAUGAAUGGAGAGGUCCAAACUGAGCUGCGGAAAUGGCUGCGGAGGUGCCACCACCCAAAUGAGCUCACACCAGCCAAGAGAAGCAUCCCUCAGAUUACGAUCCGGACCCGCGGGGGGCUAGUCUUGCCUCCUUCUAGUGCCAAUGUCUCAUCUGUGUGAAUCCUGAAAGCUUAUGAGAUGGGACUCAUUUUCUAAAUGAUAAGAAAUAAUAAAAAAGAGGAAAUCCUCUGCUGAAUAUGAUGAUGGCACUAAUACUAACAACCCUUCACUGAGAACACGAGGAUGUGAGAUCGCUGCAACAUGCCAGGAUGGUUUAUGUUAGAGUGAGCAAAGGCAGCACAAAUCUUGAAUCUACAUCCCAAAACAACGAUGUACAGACAUUAUGGUGCCACUGCUAAAGAGGAACAGAGACGGAGCCGGCCCUGCACUGAGGAUGGUUUCAGGGUGUUGUGUAUACAAUUUGGACAAAAUACGUAUAGAAAUGAGCAAAUAAACAUCCGUGGGAACAGUAAAUGGUAGAAAAUCAGGAUCAGAUGUCACGUUUACUCACACUGUGUUUGUGAUCAAGUGCCACUAAAUGAUGUGGCUUGUUGUAUGAUUGGUGAUUUAUCCAACCUCAAACCUCACCAUAUCCACAUUUUCUUUUCUAACUUUUUAUUUUGUUUAAGCUGUUUUGUUGUGAAAAAUCUCAGAUUCAUUAUAAUAACUCGCUAAACAUUCAGAUGGAAAAUGAUUGUACUUUUCAACCAGAUUUCAGCUGACCCAGUGCCAAAGACUGCGUUUUCUUUUUUCUGACCAACACGGUAUUUCCACUGAAAUUUGAUUAACAUUUUAAUAAAUAAGCACAGGUC